AGGGAGAUUCCGGACCGAGGAGAGGGCGGGGGGAAUAAUAAACUGUAGUUCACUUCAGAACAUUCCCACUUAAAAUGUUUUACUUGAAAAGCAGCAGCAUUUGAAGGUCGGCGCGGGAGGCGGGCUGCGAUCAGGCGACUGAGACGUGCCAUCUUGGUGCACGGUAUUGUGGAGAGAGGCGGGGAAACGCUGGGCUUCAGCGGUCCUUCGCGCUCGCCCAGUGCAGCUGAAAGUGUCGGGCCCGAUUUUAGAAGUGACCGAAUAAGUCAAGGGGUUCAACCUGCUUUAAACACGCGGGUUUGUCAUGGAGAAAGAUGGCGAGCUCGAGAGGAAAGCUGUGGAAGAACUUCUUACAGAAGCAAAACGUGGAAAAGCUAGGGCUGAAACAAUGGGACCCAUGGGCUGGAUGAAGUGUCCUCUUCCGGGAACUAACAAACGUUUUCUGAUCAACACUCUUAAGAAUACCGUGCCAUCUCGAAAGUCAACAUAUGAUCACAGACAGAGCGAGGAGGUUAAAGAUCCCGAUCUAAAUGAGAAUGAACGAAGAAAAAAAGAUAAGCCUCAUAAAAACAGUUUCCAGCCCUAUAAACAUGAAUCAAAAACAAGAAUGAAAUCCAACAGGACUCCAUCUCCAAGGGAAAAUGACUCAAAAAGAAACGCCAAAAAAUACAAGAGUACAAAAGAUUAUUGAAAAUUGUGUACAUCAGAUGAGCGACAAAAACAUUAGAACAGAAAAGUGCACUCAAAUAAUUAGAAGCACUUGCUUAAAAAUAAUUGGACUUUGUCCUAGAACAAGAACAACUGGAAUUGUCUUUAUGGGGAGCUUUUAGCAUACACACUGUAACAUCCAUAUAAUACCAUAUGACUAUUCCAUGUUCUACAUAAUUGUGUCAAUGGUAAACAUUGUCACUCAAUGGUAGUAUAGUAAUUGACACAUACCAGAGUGCUCAAUUGCUCUUUCAUAAGUAGUAGUUGAAUAUAGAAGAUGAUGCAAUAAAAUACAGAAAUAUGAAGAAUUCAUUACCAUCCAGAAAUAUGGUGCAGUGCUUACUGAUAAUACAGAUAACUAGUUAUUUUUUUGACAAUUGUGUAUAUGUUUUGGCAUUUUGUGUUCUCUAUUAACUUGGAGAAAAUCAUUCUUUUAAUCCACACCAGAUAGUUUCAGUAAUUAUAUGCAAUUUUCUUACUACAUAUUUUCAAAGAAAGGAACAUGGUGUGACCAGAUUAGUGUUGAAGUAAAACAUUGAAGUCAUUGAAUGGCUUUUGAUGGUUGGUUAUGGUUUAUAUUUUGUUGCAAAACUGGAUAAGCAUAACCUUUGUUAGAUUGGUUUGUUUAAUGUAUAGAUCCUGAUUAUACUAAAACUUAAUUAAAUAUUUACAAAAAUCAAUAUUUAUUCAUGUGGACAAGCUAUUUUUUCAAACUGAAAAUCUGUUCUUACAGAUGUGAUGUCUCAAAUACACAAUCUAUAUUAAGAGUCAGCAGUUAGGGUAUACAGAACUUCAGAAAAAAAUGUCCUCUAUUUCUUCCCCACUCCAAAUUAACCACUAGCAAUAUGCAUUGUGGAAAUG